UUCAUCUUUUCAAAUAUCUUUACUGAUGGAGUUCAAAAGUCAGACACCCGUCGUGAACGACGUGCGUGAUAUCACAAUAUCCAAAAGGGGUGGAAACGUGCUGAUUUCUUUUGAGCGCAAGACACCUCCACAGUUGUGGAAGAUGGAGCUGGUACGGGAUGCCAGAGGUCGUGAACAACACUCGUUUGCACAAGUCGCUAGGCUGCUUCUCCGUCAUACGUAUCUGCCCAAAGCUCAGGUGGAUAUCGCGGGCUCUAGCUACUUUGGCGGCAAGGAGGACCAGCUAGUGUUAUGCGCAGGAAAAGCGGGCGAUAUCCACAUCUGGGAUCGCGAUAGUGCGGCUUUACUCCAUUACAUUAGACCCCAAACAUUCGGCGGGGACUUGACAUGUGUUGCGUGGAAUCAUUCUACCGACGAACCCUUCAUGUUCGCCACGGGCAGCCACGACGGUACGGUACGCAUAUGGACAACGCCAGCGGGAGACCGCUCUUCCGAGGCGAUUCGCGACGAAGGUGAACCCCAUCGUUGUUCCAUGUGGUGACUUCUAAGCCUUUUGUAGGUAAAUAAUACCAUGAUUGGAACUGCCAAGAAACAAAUCCGAGGAUCAAGUUAGCCGUCCGUCUAAUGUCUGCCGCCCCACGUCAUCGUCGCUGCUGCCGUGUAGGCGGAUUGCGCUUCGUAUUUUGUUAUUCUAUAAUAUAGCCGCCGUGUCGUACGCAAAAAAUUUAUGUAUUUCGCUUAACGUCAAGAAAGUGGUGGCUGCUGUGAAGCGCAUU